CUAUUAGAACCCAUCCAUCAGAGCGAGGUUAAGAAACAAUAUGGGAACCAAGCAAUACAAAUUAAGGGCAAAGCACCCCAGCUUGCUGCAACAAGUGAGGAGCUUCAGGUCGCAGAGGAAGAGCGGCUCCUCAAAAUUAUAUCUCAACUGGAGAGGGAAGUUGCAGACAAAAAUUCUCUCAACAUGGCCACAGAGGGAACAGUUUGCAGCCUGCAGCAUGCACUCUCGGAAAACAGCCGCCAGAGGCAGAAACUUACUGAAGACGCUCUUUUAAUCAGCCAGCUGAAGGAUAGAAAUGAAAAGCUGGCCGAAUCCCUAAAACAGGCGGAAGCCAGGCAGGAGCAGAACGUCCCUUCCUCUGAGUACGAAGAACAAAUAGAUGGACUAAGAGAAUCAUUGAGGAAAGCCAAAGAUGAACUUAAAUUACAAGAAAAGCAAAAGACUGAUGAAAUUAAUGACUUGCUCCUCGAGUACUUGGAGAAAAUUGAAAGAAGCGAGACUGAGAACUCUGCGAAACUGCAAGAGAGCAAGGAUGUGUAUGAAGGCCAACUCAGACGAGCAGAAGACGAGAGAGAUAAGGCGUUAGAUGAGCUUGCGAUGAUGAAAUCUUCUGAGAAAGAGCGAAGUGCUCAACAGACUAUGACAACCAAAAUCGGAGACCUUGAAGCUGAACUGCAAAGUGCUAGGCUAAAGGCUGCUAGUCUAGACGAUCUGCUUUUAAAGCAUGAAGAUCUGAAGAUAUCCCUUUCGGAGGCAACGGCAGUGUCCGCCACGCUACAGGAGAAGGUGGACAUAUGCAGUCACAACUGCUUGCUUCUCAAAAGGAAGUCUCCAGUCGAGAUCUUGAAAAGGAACACCUUCGUUCGGAGCUAAAGCAUGUCCAGGAGCAAAAGAUACUGCUAGCGCGGAACAAUUAGCUCUAAAAACUAAGCUGCAAACAGUGGAGGAAGAAAUGGCCAUCCAAGCAGGAAAGUUCGAAAAGGAGCUCACAUAUGUCAACAGUUCUAUGAUCGAGUUGCAGCUCAAACUAAAAUCCCUGGAAGAGCGAAAGGAUAACCUGGAGGCUGAAAUUGAGGAGCUUAACGUUAAGUUGAGGAAUGUCCACAACCUCCGCAACCAGCUUGAAGAAGACAAAAGCUACACACAACUUUACGAACUCAAUUCACUGAGCUGGAGGAGACGAAAACUAGAUUGGAGGAGGUACUACGGAAUAAAGAAGCUGAAGUCAAACGUAAAUUCUUGGAUAUGAGUCAAGAAGUGGAGCUGGGUCGCCAUUCCCUUGGAGAACUGACCAUGGAGUGCGACAAACUACGUUCCGAUCUGGAAACCAAAACGAAAAGUUUCCAGACCGAAAAGGAGGGUUUAAAUUCGAAUAUAUCCACUCUUCUAAGGAAAAGCAGCUGCUGGAAGAGAGGAUCAAAACCUUGAAUAUGAAAGAUAAUCGUAAUGCUGAACUCAUAGCGAAACUGAAAGUCAAAGAGGCAGAAUCAGAAUCCUUGCGAGAAGUUGCUGAAGAAGCCAACAUUAAAUGCCAGCAAUACAUGGAUCAGAAAGUGAAACUCACGAAGGAGAUUGAAAAGCUACGAACAACUUUGAAAGCCAAGGAGAAAAGUAUCCUAACGGAGAGGGAAAGAAUGUCCGCCACUAUUUCCAGUCUUCUCGAGGACAAGCGUAACCUCGAGGAGAAGCAGUGCACUCUGUGCGAGAGAGUAGACAAGCUAGAGAGCCAAGUCUCAGCAUUAAAAGCUAUCAACAUCAAUAGGUUUGACUCAUCCAUCGAGUCAACAUCUCCAGCUUCUGUGAAGCUUCGUACUGCUAACAACUUGGAUUCCAAACCCAUUGUAAAGAAAUCGAGCAUAAACGAGUGCGCGGUACGGAAGGAAAAAAGAAAGACUGCGCAUGAUGAGCACCGAAAGCAAUCUUGCUGGAACGACUCACGGGAUUUUGGCACCAUGACGGAUCCAGAGGAGGGCUGGGUCACUGCAGGGAACAAGGAGAAGAUGAAGAAUCCUCUGAAGGCAGAGAAUAAGCAGCUCAAAUUCCAGCUGUUUAAACAACAGCAGAAAGCGGCCACCGAGCAGAAACGACUACGCAGGAAGAUCCAUGAUCUCACCACUAGUAUUGCAAAUACAACUGACCAAACGGUUGAUUCCUAGAAAAAGAAAUCGACGUGCUUGGAGGAAAAAGCCAAAUAGUCGUGCCGGAAAUUAUCAAGUAUUAGGUUAUUUUGUUAAGUGUUAUAAGUAUUUAUGUAAAUUAUUUUUCCAUUAGUCAGCAUUAAAAAGAAAAU